AGGAACUAUGCUGAUGUUUGUAUUAGAUGAAUGGCCGAUAAACCAUUUGGAGCCGACGAGUUUCUACUGGCUAGCAUCACCGUCCACAUAAUUACAUAGAGCUAGCGAUGUCUAGCUAAUACAUUAUACUGGCGUGCGAAUGAUAUCACUAGCGGGCAGGAUAGACUUCAUGCUGUGCCGUGCUCACUUAGCUGAUUUAUCUUACCGUCUUAUUUAGAUGGCAACUCAACACAAUUUCUUGCGUUGAACGAGCUACUAGGAUACGUUAGCUUUGCAUACUGUUGGUGAACAGGUCGUGACUGAGGAUUGAGGAGAGAAUCAACAUAGGUCAUUUUAUCUUGGAUCAACAAUGGCCUUCAGCAAGGGGUACCGCAUUUACCAUAAACUGGACCCACCGUAUAGUGUCAUAGUGGAAACGAGGAACAAAGAUGAGUGCCUCAUGUUUGAGUCUGGAGCUGUCGCUGUACUGUCGGCUGCGGAGAAGGAAGCCAUCAAAAACACUUAUACCAAGAUGGUUGAUGCCUACGGGAUUCUUGGGGUUCUCCGUCUAAACCUGGGUGACUCCAUGCUCCACAGUCUGGUGGUGGUCACGGGAUGCAGCUCUGUGGGCAAAGUGCAGGACUCUGAGAUCUUCAGGGUCACGCAGACAGACUUCAUUUCGCUGAAGAACGACCCCGCCGACGAGGACCGCAUCGCGGACGUGCGCAAGGUGCUGAGCUCGGGACACUUCUACUUUGCCUGGUCCGCCACGGGAGUCAGCAUGGACCUCAGCCUCAACGCUCACCGCAGAAUCCUGGAGGACACUACGGACAACCGCUUCUUCUGGAACCAGUCUCUUCACCUGCACCUGAAGCACUACGGCGUCCACUGCGAGGACUGGCUGCUGAGGCUGAUGUGCGGCGGCGUGGAGGUCCGGACCAUCUACGCCGGCCACAAACAGGCCAAGGCCUGCAUCAUCUCCCGCCUCAGCUCGGAGCGUGCCGGCACCCGCUUCAACGUGCGCGGCACCAACGACGACGGCCAGGUGGCCAACUUCGUUGAGACGGAGCAGGUGAUCUUUCUGGACGACAAGGUCUCCUCCUUCAUCCAGAUCCGCGGGUCCAUUCCGUUGUUCUGGGAACAGCCUGGAAUACAGAAAAAGUCAAUUAAGGGCGUUUUGUUGCAACUGAAUGAAAAUCGACGACCUAAUGGAAUGGAUGAAAACCCCCACCUGGUUGGCUCCCAUCGCGUCAAGCUCUCCAGGGGUUUCGAGGCGAACGCACCCGCAUUUGAAAGACACUUCAGUGCUCUGCGGAAGCUGUAUGGCAAACAGGUGAUCAUUAACCUCCUGGGCAGCAAGGAGGGAGAGCACAUGCUCAGCAAAGCAUUCCAGAGUCACCUGAAGGCGUCGGAGCACGGCGGCGCGGUGAAGAUGGUGAACUUCGACUACCACCAGAUGGUGAAGGGGGGCAAGGCGGAGAAGCUGCACAGCGUGCUCAAGCCCCAGGUCAGCCGCUUCGUGGAUGACUGCGGCUUCUUCUACUACUCUGGAGAGACUGGCAUCGCCAGGACGCAGAGCGGGACCCUCCGGACCAACUGCCUGGACUGCCUGGACAGGACCAACAGUGUCCAGGCCUACUUUGCCCUGGAGAUGUUACCCAAGCAGCUGGAAGAGAUGGGCCUGACUGAGAAGCCCCAGCUGGUGGCCCGCUUCCAGGAGGUCUUCCGGACCAUGUGGACCGUCAACGGAGACUCGGUCAGCAAGAUCUACGCCGGCACAGGUGCCCUGGACGGGAAGGCCAAGGUGGGAAAGCUGAAGGACGGGGCGCGCUCGGUGACGCGGACCAUCCAGAACAACUUCUUCGACAGCUCCAAGCAGGAAGCCAUCGACAUCCUGAGGCUGGGCUCCACCCUGAACAGCGACCUGGCUGACAAGGCCCGGGCGCUGCUCACCACCUCCAGUCUUUACGUCACUGAGCCUGUGUUACAAUCAGCGUCUCCCAGAGUGCUUCUGGGCAUGUGUCAGAACUACCGCAAGUACACGCGGCCAAAGCAGAUCCGUGUGUGCGUCGGAACCUGGAACGUCAACGGGGGCAAGCAGUUUCGCAGCAUUGCCUACCGCAACCAGACCCUCAACGAUUGGCUGCUGGACGCGCCAAAGAAGGCGGGACUUCCUGAGUUUCAAGACGGAAAGCCAAACCCCCCUAUAGAUAUUUUUGCCAUUGGCUUUGAGGAGAUGGUGGAGCUGAACGCUGGCAACAUAGUCAGUGCCAGCACCACCAACCAGAAGAUGUGGGCCGCCGAGCUGCAGAAGAACAUCUCCCGGGACCACAAGUACGUCCUGCUGGCGUCGGAGCAGCUGGUGGGCGUGUGCCUGUUUGUGUUCAUCCGCCCGCAACACGCCCCCUUCAUCAGGGAUGUCGCCGUGGAUACAGUCAAAACCGGGAUGGGCGGAGCCACUGGCAAUAAAGGGGGCGUUGCCAUCCGCCUGCUGUUCCACACCACCAGUAUCUGCUUCCUCUGCUCCCACUUUGCAGCUGGCCAAUCACAGGUCAAGGAGAGGAACGAUGACUACAAUGAGAUCACGCGCAGACUCUCCUUCCCUAUGGGUCGCCUGCUGUACUCCCACGACUACGUGUUCUGGUGCGGGGACUUCAACUACCGCAUCAACCUGCCCAACGAGGAGGUGAAGGAGCUCAUCAAGCAGCAGAACUGGGAGGCCCUGACCGCCGGAGACCAGCUGCUGGACCAGAAGAACGCCGGCAUGGUCUUCCGCGGGUUCAUCGAGGGAGACCUGGACUUCGCCCCCACCUACAAGUACGACCUUUUCUCGGAGGAUUACGACACCAGCGAGAAGUGCCGCACGCCCGCCUGGACGGACCGCGUGCUCUGGAACCGGAGGAAGUGGAACUUUGACAAAACAGCGGAGGAGAUGAACGUGGUGGGAGCGGCGGCCGCCUGCGAGGACGAUACGGACGGCGCCUGGAAUCCCGGGGAGCUCAAGUACUACGGCAGGGCUGAGCUCAAGACCUCGGACCACAGGCCUGUGAUGGCGGUGAUGGACGUGGAGAUCCUGGAGGUGGACCCGGAGGCGCGGCACCAGGUGUACAAGGAGGUGAUCGCCCUGCAGGGGCCCCCCGACGGCACGGUGCUGGUGUCACUCUGCGCCUCGGGGCCCGACGACUACUUCGACGACCCGCUCAUCGACGAGCUGCUGGACAAGUUCAGCACCUUCGGCGAGGUCAUCCUCAUCAGGUUUGUGGAGGAGAAGAUGUGGGUGACCUUCCUGGAGGGUUACUCUGCCCUGGCUGCCCUGUCUCUCAGCGCCUCCACGGUGCUGGGCAAGACGAUUGACAUCCGUCUGAAGAGCUCCGGCUGGAUCAGGAGCCUGGAGGAGGAGAUGAGCGUGGACCGCAUCUGCGGCGCCAUCCCCACCUCGGCCAGCUCCACCCUGCUGGCCGAGGACACGGACAUGGGCGACGAUGACUACGACAUGGAGGGCGACGUGGACGAGGAGGUGGAGGAGAUCCUCCCCCAGCACCUCCAGCCCGGCGCGGGGUCCGGCGCGGGCUGCUCCCCGGCCCCCUCCCCUCGAGGUAGUCCCUGUCCCUCCCCCACCGAAGGGGGCCCCCCCACCAGGCCCGGCCGGUCCGCACAACCCUCCCGGCCCACACAAGGUCCGCCGGGGGACUUCCAGCCCCUGGAGCCCAAGCGGCCACCACCCCCGCGACCCAACGCCCCUCCAGCCAGACCCGCGCCCCCCCAGAGACCACCGCCCCCUUCAGGACCAAGGAGCCCUGCUAUCUCUGGGCCCGACGCAGCAGGUCGAAGCGGAGCUCCCGGGUCCGGAGGUGGGCCAAGACCGAACAUUCCAGCCCGAGCCGGUGUGAUCAGCGUUCCCGCCCAGGGUCGCCAGACCCCUCCCGCUCAUCCCGGGGCACCCAGACCCAUUCCAGAGGUUCACCCUGGAGCCCCCCGCCCUGUCCAGGAUAACCCCCCCGGGGCCCCCCGACCAGGCCCCCCGACCAAGCCUACUGACCUGCCACUCGGACCCCCUCCCUCAGGACCCCCGCCCUCCAUCCCCGGUCCGGCCGGCCCCCCUCUUCCAGGGCCCACGCCAGCGAGGCCCCAGGCCAUGCAGGCCCCCAUGCAGCCCCAGGCCCAGCCCCAGCCCCAGGCCCAGGCCCAGGCCCCGGCCCAGCCCUCAGUGCGGUCCCAGCUCCCCCCGCCCAUGCUGCCCACCUUCACGGCGCCCAUGCAGCCUCAAGCGCCACCCGCCGCUGGCACCGCCGGGACCCCCCAGGGUCUGUCGUCCCCCAAGCCCCCCCCACGAUCUCGCUCCUCUCACGGCCUCCCCCCCGAGGCCGCCGCCGCCGCCGCCGCAAAGGCCGACGCUGCCACUCCCACUGGACAGCCUAAUGGACUCAACGGCAUCCAAGGAGAAGCACAAUGGAAGCCUGACCCCUUCGACACACUCACAUCCAACCUCCUCUCCUCUUCCUCCUCCUUCUCCUCCUCCUCCUCCUCCUCCUGGACCAACACUCGCUCCCUCACCAGGGGCUCCUCCCUGCGCUCUCCCCCCUCCGCUCCGGGCCACCUGUCCUCCUCCGGCACGCUGCCCUCCUCCUUCUCCGUCCAGACCGCCCCGCUCUCCUCCCUGCAGGGCCUCCAGCCCUCCUCCUCCGGCUCCUCCUCGUCCUGCUCCUCCUCCUUCUCCUGUAACGCCACGCUCCUCCUCCUCCCGCCGCCGCCCGUCCCGUCGCGCAGCCGCUCGCAGGAGUCUCUGCGCGCCUCCCCCCUGCCCUCCCAGGGGGAGGCGGCCCCCGCCCGGCCCAGCAGCACCAACCCCUUCAGGGGCCCGCUGAUGAUGCAGCCGCCGCAGCAUCCCCCCGUGCAGCCCCCCGCCCCUGACCUCAGACUCCAGCCCCCCACCCCUAGUGCACUCUCUCAACCCCUCAUCCCCCUCCCCGCCGCGGCUCCGCCUCCGUCGGCGCUUCCACCGUCGGCCCCCACGCCCGUCCCCCUGCAAAGGACCAUGUCCCUGCUGGGACCCUCGCUCGCUCUUCCCCCCCCUACGCCGGCCCCCCUGUUCCCCCUGGGCCCCACCUUGCCCCUGGCCCCGCCCUCCUUCUCUCGUUCGGCGACGCUCCCGCCUCGCCGGCAGCCCCCCGCGUCGGGGCUGGACAAGCCCACCCAGUCCAGGUGGGUCACCUUCGACGACGACCCUGACUUCCCCCAAGGGCCCGCGGCCCCGGGCCUCCCGCCCGCCGGCCCGCUCCCACCCCAAGCCCAGGCUCGGCUGCCCUGUCCCGGGUUUGACCCAAACCCUUCCUGGGUGUCUUCCUCCACCCCGUCCUUCCCAGCUCUCCCUCCACCCGUCCCCGGCAGGACGGCGCCCAGCGAGCCCCCCAAGCCGCCGCCCGGAGCCCUCUUCUCCCUCGACUUCUUGCAAGAUUCCUAGCGUCAGGCACAUGGAGCGAUGUAUAGAUAUUGGGUAAAUGUUUACUUGUGUGUGUGUGUGUGUGUGUGUGUGUGAGUGAGGUAUGUACAAAAGAGAUGGUGUUUAAGAUGAGUAUCAACCAGACCUCUGAAUCCGGAUAAAAGAAAAGGGAAAUAUUUCUUGGGUGUUUAUGAAUGAACGGCAACACAGGAAAUGUACAGGCCACAACGUCUGUUACCCCAUACAAAGUUAUCACAGUUAUUUUUCCUUUUACAUCAAAAAUGAUCUUAUGAAUGGCUCAUAAGACGGUCUAUUUUUAUUUAGGGCAGACGUGCCCGGGUCUAUAUAGUUGUAUAAAGUACUAAAUGUUCGUAUUUGCGAGACAUUUGUGUGUUAUGUAAUCUGCGGUGCAAUAUCUGUCCCACAACCAACACGUGGCGUUUGCUUAUUGUGAGGUCGUCACGUAAAUAUAUAGAAUUAUCUAAAUAGUCACAGACACACUGGUUCAUAUCAACACACCAAGAGCUCCGGCAAGGGUCACAGCUAUGUCAUAUCGGACUUCCUGGGAGUGCCCUUUUAAAGUAGAACGCUUGUGUUUUUCGCUAGCUCACUCGGUGAAAAUGACGUACCUGGCUUUGCAUUGGCAAGUAGAUGCGUCUGUCUCCAAAUGGCUAACUGUCUAAGGGCCAACUGGCUAACCGUUUAUAGUGUCACUGAGCAGAAGACCCGCAGCUCCGGUACAUUAAAGGUUUUGAGGAGAUCGGCCGGUAACUGCAUCAGUGCAUUAGCGAUACUUGCAACAUUUUAUUAUUAUUUUAAACAUGAAUGUACUUUUAAGUUGCACUGGUUAGUGACACUGCGCAGCGGCGACAAACCUGCUUUUGCAGCUGCUUGUAAUCACAAAACGAAUGCUCUGUGAUAUUAUCUUCUGGGCUCAAGCUAACAAAUCGCGGUUUUCGCUCUGGUCGGUUCUUCGUCGGUCUCUGGCCUGCGUACGCUUCGCUAAAUUUGAUUCUAUUUUUUUUUUAUUACGAUAUAUUAAAUAGAAAUGUAUACAUGGUAAUUAUUAUGUAUGUUUGUUCUCCCUGGGCUGAUAUUACUCACGUGAUGUGCGUUCCUAUAUCUGUUACAACCUGUUAUCAUUUUGAAUGCAAAACUGUGUGACUGACUUGCACUGACGUUCCGCUUCCGUACAUUCUCAUGGCCGUAUUCAACGUGGUGGUGGUGGUGGUUGUUGUGGCAGGGUUUGAGCCCUGUGUACCGAAAGGGUCCAGGGUUUGACGCAAGGGAUUGGAAGCUGCUUCCACCUCUUGUCUAGUGGUUAGGCGUAGAUUACUCUGAAUUUAUCCAAAGCUCCAUAGCCAUAACUGAGUGUAGAAGGGAAGGGUGCGCCGAGAUCUCUGAGAUCUUGGAUGACCUUCUCGGGGUCUUUUGGCAUAUCCUACCGGAUACAAGUGAGGUGCAUACCAAUUCCAUGCAGAAUGCUACAAAAAAAGGGCAUUUUUCUCUUUUUUUUGUUCUGUUGUAUUGUUUAUUGCUGAAAGAAUAUGCAUAUUUUUCUGUUUGUAAAAAAAAAAAAAUGCUCUUUAGAUCUAUUGAUGUGUUGAGAAGUAACGUGCUGUGUUUGAGGUGUGUAAUGUCAUUGUGUGUGUGUGUGUGUGUGUGUGUGUGUGUGUGUGUGUGUGUGUGUGUGACGUGUCUGAAUGUGUGUGUGCAAACAGACUUGACCUCCAAACAGUCAGUCACUGUAUUCCCCUGGCAGUGGCUUGAACCAUAGAGGAUUGCUGUGUCCCCUACAAUGGUUUGUAUUGUGGCAUUAGGGAAUAUGGAAAUGUACAGUCAACGCAUUCAGUUUUCUUUUUAAACUAUUUUAUUCUUUAAAGCACCCUGCUGAGAAAUUGUCCCAUUGGAAUGUGGAGAUGUUGACCAUACCUUUACUGAAAAAUAGAGUUCAAUAAAGUUUAACUGAAGGGAACAGUGUUGAACAACACAUGCCACCGUGUUGCAGUGGGUACCUUGUGGAAAACAAUGUGGUGCAGUUGACUUUAAAAGAUUUGUGUUGGAUUCUUAAGUCUGUUUUCGUGGUAUUCUCAGCAAAUGCUCUUGGCCAGCCAAUUGACCCCACAGGUUAAGUUGUCAUGUUUGUGUUGAUGGUGGUCGCUCUCGCUCACUCUCUUUGGAGUUUUUACCGAUAUCUAAGGUACUGUUGCAUAUUAAUAUGAAAAAUGAAUAACCAAGCGGUUGUGGUUGUUUCAGAUCGUCCCCACUAUGUCCAUAUUAUAUUUGGCUGUACCCCCUGCAUUCAUAAAUGCUCCCAAGAGUCCAAAGGUAAUGCAGAGAAUGUGAUGAGAGUAACACUUUACUAAUCUAUAUCUUGUGUAUUGCAACCCAAUGUUCUUGAUAUAAAUAUAAAUAGAUAUUUAUUGGCUUUGCAAAAUAAAUAUCUAUCUGAACUGAAAACAGCUGAAGUGGGUGCGGGUCAACUGCCCAUGGCUCUAUAUUGUUAUCCCGAACACACCUUUAUUCAAUCCAGUCGUACCACAUGUUUGCAGUAGAGACUGAAACGUCAAUGAUAGCUUAGUAGUGCUUCUUGUGUCCAGUCAUGUUCAGAUGAGAUUUUAUAGAAAACACAUUGGUCCAUUUGUUUGCUUGGUGUCCCCAUUUAUGCUUCUGAUUCAAGUAGUAACUUACAAAUCUGUGUUGUUGACCAUACUCUGUAUGUAUUAAUGGAAAAAGUAAGCUGCAGUUUAUGUAUCAAAUAUCCGAGUCCAUAUUUAAGUGAAAAGCUGACGGCACAUUUAUGUAUAAAGCACUUUGUGUUGUAUGUAUGCAAUAAUAAAUGUCAGUUGACCUGCAA